AUGACGGGGAGGUACGCCUGGGGAGUGGCUGCUCUGGUGCAUAUGUACGACCAGCUGAACGAUGAAUCUAUCAGCCACAACCGACAACUUGUCGGUUGCAUCACACUGCUGCAGUGCUGGAUUUACGAGCACUUUCCCUCAGUUGCGGACUCAACUGCUGAUCAAGAAUACGAUGAGGAUUCCCCGCGUGCAUGUAGGUGGAUUGCGAAGAAGAAGACCAUGGAGAGCAUUCGUACACCGGCGUACAGGGAGCACCUGGACCAACUCCGGAUUCUGGAUGUGUGUUGGAUCCCGUAUGGGGAACAUCGAUCGGUCCGGGACUUCCAUGUCAUAUCAUGUUAUUCCGGUCUCUUGCGCUGGGGGCCUGUUGCUAUUUAUUACCGACCAGAGAGGGUCGUGCGGCAGUUUGGAUACACGCAGACCAUUCCUGCUCCUCCUGUCGAUUCAUGGGUGUCGUACGAUGAUAUACACGACAAGUGGAUGCACUACUCGAAUCAUAUCGUUCCAGCAGGUGAGGUGUGCGCUGUGCCAGGUCAGUGUGCCAGUGACUACAUGGACUGGUUCUUCCGCAUCUCGCAUCAUUUCAUGACACCAGGCCAUGCAUCAGAUCCUCUGCCUGAUGGUCAUGCCCCACAGACGGAUAUCCCUCACGUGUCGAAGCCAGGAACAUCGUCGACAUCUGUGGAGGAGCCUGGACAUGCAGUGGAAGUUUCUGAUGACAUUGCUGAGAGGUUGGAGCGCCAUCUAAGUUUAGGGGUAGUCACGCCAGACUCAUCGACACAUGAGGUGAUCGAAGAAUGCCUCAGGAUGGCCAGGAGUGUGACACAAGACCAUCUAGUAUAUGUUAGGUCUAGACGCAGGCGGCGCACGAAUCAGGCGUAG